UCAAAUGUAAAUAUGACAUAGUGGGGAAAACACAAUAAAAUUUUUAUCAUCAACAAAUUACAUCAACAAUUUAGUUAACUUUUCAAGUUUGCAAGAUAAUGAUAUCUUAAAAAAGCUUCAAGUAAUGAAUUAAAAUAUACACUCAGAUUUAAAUAUAUUGUCAAUUAUGCUAAAACGAUGUUAACCGGUGUAUUAAAACAAUGUCUAGUUUGAAUUGGAAAGAACUCUUUCCAACGAAAUUAAGUUUGAUUAUCUUUAUCGGCUACAUACUUUUAUUUGUUAAUCAAGGAAUUUUGGUAACAGCUUCACAACGCUCAGACAACAACUACAACUAUAAUAUCGUAACAGUAGUACUAUUGACAGAAGUUUUAAAGUUAGUCAUCUCGUCAGUCCUAUAUUGUAAAGAUAAUUCUACUGGUCAACUGAUCUCUGAAGUAGUCAAGCACAAACAUGUAUUACUCCUCUACUUUGUUCCGGCUUUUUUAUAUUGCUUAUACAACAAUUUGGCCUUUUUGAAUUUAUCCUCGUUUGAUCCAACUACUUAUUUUUUAUUGCUACAGUUGAGGGUAGUUGUAACUGGUGUGCUUUUCCAGGCCAUCUUUAAAAAGAUUUUAAGCAAAAGACAAUGGAUUUCGUUAGUGAUACUAACGUUUGGCUGCAUGCUAAAGCAGAUUAACUUGACGCAGACUACCUCGAAUACCUCGUCAAGCAAUAACACCAAAGCCGCUUCAGUUUCCUUAGGAAUAGAUGCCAUAUUCAUAUUUAUUCAGAUAAUAUGCUCCUGUCUAGCAGGUGUCUACAACGAAUAUCUCCUAAAAGAUAAAGGUGCUUCUAUAAAUAUUUUCGUGCAAAAUGUAUUCAUGUAUUUGGAUUCUAUAGUUUGCAAUGUUCUUCUGCUCAUACUGAACGGAAACAUCUUAGAAGCGUUCGUUUAUGAAAAUAUUCUUAAAGUUUUACAUUAUAAAGUCUUAUUAGUGAUGUUCAAUAACGCAGCGAUAGGAAUUGUAACCAGCUUCUUUUUGAAGAAUCUGAAUUCUAUCUUGAAAACGUUCGCCAGUGCUCUAGAACUAGUCUUUACGGCUCUAUUAAGUUACCUUUUAUUCAGUAUUCCGAUUUAUUUAAAUACAGUAUUAAGUAUUGCUACUGUUAUGGGUGCUACGUACUUAUAUUCGCAAAAUCCUGUUCAUAAUCCUCCUAAGCCUGUGCAGGAUGAUAGUAUUGAAAAAGAACGACUGUUGGAGGAGGUGUGAUAUGUAGUUAGCAUAGAACCAGUUUGUUUGAUAUAAUCUAAUAAAUCAUGUUACGUUA